UGUGAACCACACUGCAUUAAGUGUCAGUGAUUCUAGUCUAUCCAGUACAUCAGAGCCUACUGUUGUAUCUACUAGUAAGUUCAGGUUCACUGGGUCUGAGGUGAUAAAGGAGAGUGAUACAGUGAUCACUGUUGAUGAGAAUGAGGACCUCUCUCCUGGUACCAGUGUGAAGACCACUGGGGAGAUACUGGAGUGGAUCAGGCGUAGACUGGAGGGACAACUGGUGGCUACUGGUCGAGAGUAUGUGACACUGGGUGACUUGAAAUCAGCAGUACACACUGACCUACCAGGUUUUGCCUAUCACUUGUUCCAGUUGAUUGAUGUCCAUCAGUCUGGCAGUAUCAGUCAGCAAGAACUCAUUGGAGGAUUAAGCAGAUUAACAGUUAAAGACAAAAAGAAUAAGAUUCUCUCUUGGUUUGAGACAUUAUUUAUUGAGACAGCUGGAGAAGAUCAGCUCCUCCAACCUGACGAUUUUAAAAAGGCUCUGGAAACAAACGGAUUUCUUGACAAGUUGUUCCUAUUAAUGAACAUCAGUGGUUCCAGGAAAAUGAAAAUACCUCAAAUAAUUGACGCAUUAAGUAAACUCUCCUGUGUUGAUAAAGAUGCUAAUUGGUUACUGUGGUUUGAGACUCAGUUCCUUUCCAUUGCUGGAGAUGAUCGACAGAUUGACUUUGAGGGUUUCAGAAAGGCACUUCAUUUAUCACAAUCUUCAUUUUUUGCAAGUCGUUUCUUUUCAAUAUUUGAUAAAGACGGUAAUGGAUUCAUCAGUCUUAAUGAGAUGAUUAAUGGAGUCACGUUAUUAAUGAACGGGACACAACUGGAUAAACUCAAGUUUUUAUUUCAAGUUUACGAUGUUGAUGGUGAUGGUAGUAUUGAUUAUGAUGAGUUGAGGAUUAUGCUCAAGUCAUGUGUUAGUGAAAGCUCGUUAAGUAUUGAUGAAGAGAAUUUAGACACACUAACAAAUACUUUCUUUGAUUUUGCUGAUGCUGAUAACAAUGGAAGUAUUUCUUUUGAAGAACUGAAAAACGUUUUUGAUAAAUACCCAGACAUUAUUGACAAUUUGACAAUCAGUUCUGCUAAUUGGCUAAAGCCUCAAAAGCUUCGUCAGGAUAAAAAACCAUUUGAGAAGUUUUGGCCUUUUUGGCUUUCAUGGAAGCACAUCAAAAAUUAUUGGUCGUAUUUUAUCUUCUUGUCCGUAUUCUUUAUGAUUAAUACUGUACUGUUUGUGGAGGCAGCAAUCAGAUACAGGGAAUCAAUGUUUCUAGUAUCAAUAGCACGAGGAGCAGGUGCUUGUCUUAACUUCUCUCCAGUGGUUGUCCUUAUACUGAUGUAUCGUCAUAUUGCUACACUCAUUAGAUCAACAAGACUCUCUUUUUUAUUUCCACUGGACAAGUUCAUUAAACUACACAAGAUUGUGGGGUAUACUAUUAUUGUACUAUCCCUUGUUCAUUUCUUGGCACAUCUUGCAAAUUUCAGUUUCAUUGAAAUUAACGACAGCAUAAAUUCUAAUUCUUCAAUGGUCCAGUACUUGUUUGGUGUUGGUACAAUUGGUUGGGUCUAUGGCUCCGCUGGACUAACAGGACUCCUAUUACUAAUAAUACUAAUAAUAAUGUUUAUAUGCUCGCUGCCUGUUGUAAGACGUAAAGGAAAAUUUGAAGUAUUCUACUGGUCGCAUUGCCUGUACAUCAUCUGGUAUAUUGUAUUGAUACUUCAUGGGCCUCACUUCUGGAAGUGGUUCGUUGGUCCUGCUAUCGUAUUUAUAAUUGAGAAGAUAUUUCGGUCGAAAUUGUUUCACAUUAUACAUUAUGGACGCACGUUUAUUGAAGAAGUAAACCUGCUACCAUCCAAGGUAACACAUCUCUCCAUAACAAGACCUCCUAAUUUCAACUAUCAGCCAGGAGACUAUGUCUUCAUCCAGAUACCCAGUAUCACUAGGUAUGAGUGGCAUCCAUUCACUAUCAGUUCAGCCCCAGAGAUGAGUGAUGUCUUCUGGUUACAUAUUAGAGGAGUGGGCAGUUGGACUAAUGAACUCUAUGAGCACUUCAAUAAUGCAUACAAUGAUAAAUAUACAACUGGUACUCCUACUUUUACUGGUAAUACUGUAGAUAGUUUACCGAGGAGGUUAGGUACUCUAGUCCACAGGAGGUUCAGUUUUAAAGGAAGGGAAAAGAUACAGUCACAGGAUGAGAGACAACCAUCAACACACACUAUCAGGAAAUACGGAGGAAAAUAUACAUGUAAAUCAUUCUUUUGUGAUAGCAGAUUUGAGGUACAUAUUGAUGGUCCUUAUGGUACCCCCUCCAGUGCUAUAUUCCAAUCAGAACAUGCUGUACUGAUCAGCAGUGGUAUUGGAGUGACUCCAUUUGCCUCUAUACUCCAGAGUAUAAUGAACAGGUUUAAACUGAGCAAACAAAAGUGUCCUCACUGCUCUCACUCAUGGACUGGAGAAAUACCAUCAACCAUACUGAACCUUAAGAAGGUUGAUUUCAUUUGGAUCAAUCGUGACCAGAGACACUUUGAGUGGUUCAUGGAGCUACUGAAUGAACUGGAAAUGGAACAGAAUGAAUAUGGAACACUAAUGGAUCGGUUCUUUGAUAUGCACAUGUACAUCACAUCAGCUUUACAAAGGACUGAUGUUAAAGCAUUAGGACUACAAAUGGCUCUUGAUCUGAUACACAAAGAAAAGAACAUUGAUCUUAUAACUGGACUGAAGACCAGGACACAGACUGGUAGACCUAACUGGGAUAAGAUAUUUAAAGAGCUAAAGGAGAAUGGAUAUGGACCAGUGACAGUAUUCUAUUGUGGGUCACCAGUACUGGCUAGAGUAUUAUCAGUGAAGUCUCAAUAUUAUGGAUUUAAAUUUAGAAAAGAAAACUUUUAGACAUUAACAAUGAUAAUGAUGAUGAUAUAACUUCACUCUUAUUUAUGUGUCUCUUUUUGGUUUUAUUAUGAUCAAAUUCACUCA